UGCAAUUUCUCCAUUCCCAUCUCCCCUCUUCCAUCAUUCCCCUCUUCCACUGUGCCCUCCUCCCAUUUCCCAUUCCCAUGCAAUACCCAUUCCCAUUUCCCAUUCCCAUUCCCAUUUCCCAUUCCACCGUGCCCUCCUCCCAUUUCCCAUUCCCAUCUCCCCUCUUCCAUCGAUUCCCCUUUUCCACCGUGCCCUCCUCCCAUUUCCCAUCCCCAUGCAAUACCCAUUCCCAUUCCCAUUCCCAUUUCCCAUUCCCAUCUCCCCUCUUCCAUCGAUUCCUCUCUUCCACCGUGCCCUCCUCCCAUUUCCCAUUCCCAUGCAAUACCCAUUCCCAUUUCCCAUUCCCAUUCCCAUUAUCAACAACACUACCUUUGAGAAGACAGCUGGAUUUCAGAAAUUGAUCACUGUUGAAGAAUUGGCUCUAUAUAAUGGAACUGAUGAUUCAUUACCCAUACUCUUAGGAAUUUUGGGAUCUGUAUUUGACGUUACGAAGCGAAAAUCUCACUAUGGUGCUGGAGGAGGUUACAAUCAUUUCGCUGGAAGAUGCCUCCCGUGCAUUUGUUUCUGGAAAUUUUACAGGAGAUGGACUUACAGAUUCAUUGCGAGGUUUAUCCAGUACCGAGGUAAUGAUGUAUUUCCUCUUUCCUUUCAGGGGUAUGACUCCUAUCCUAGUUCCUUUGAGACUUAAGAUCAAGCUUCAAGCUCGGGGAUCGUCAGCAAGGUCAUCACUCUAUCUACUGUCUCGGUAUUAAACUGUUUAAAUUUUAACUUUGGCAUGUACAGGCUAGAUAAAUGUUUUGGAAAGUCGUACUUUGAUAUAUUGUAUAUGAAAUUAAUAGCCAUACGAAAAUGGCUUAUUUUCUUAUGGUUUAACGGGAUCAAAAUGUUAUGUUUUGUUUUAAAAAGGUUAAAGUAGAAUUUAUAAUUAUACUUACUUAAAA